AUGCCUGCGCCGACGUUGAUACCAAGAACAAGCACCUCGAUCCACGCUGUUCGCUUCUCCUCUUCGGCGACCUUCAAGAUGCACGAUGCACACCCCUGGAUCAGCGGCCGCUUCGAUCAGGCCGACUCCACUUCCUCUGCAGCACGUCUCACCAUCUCUGAUCCAGCUCGGACGACACCCAUCGGCUCCAUAUCUAUCCCCACCACCAACCAAGUCCAAAAAGCGCUCGACGACGCCCACCGCGUCUUCGAGCGCGGUCACGGCCAGUGGUCUUCACCCGACGCAACCCACUUCCGAUCCGAGUGUCUCUACCGUCUAGCGCAGAUCCUACGACAGCGGGCACCCGAGCUUGCUCUGCUCGAAAGUCAACAGACCGGUCGCUGCAUCCGAGAGUUCCGCGCGCAGCUCGCGAGGCUCUACGAAUGGUUCGAGUACUACUCUGCGCUCAUCCGCGUCGGAGAAGGCAGCACGUUGCCGUUGCGUGGACAGCUGCUGGGGUACAAGGCUCGACGUCCGCUCGGCGUUGUCCUCCAGAUCACGCCUUUCAACCACCCGCUCCUGAUCGCUGUAAAGAAGCUUGCGGCGGCACUUGCCGCCGGAAACAGUGUCAUUGUCAAGCCCAGCGAGGUGGCUCCUUUGACGGUGCUCGAGCUGGGUCCGAUGAUUCAGGAAGCGGGUGUUCCGGAUGGUGUCGUCCAGAUCCUGCCCGGUGCAGCCGAGACGGCCAAGCAGUUGGUCGAGUCGCCCUACAUUCGCAAGAUCGAUUUUACCGGUGGAACCAAGGUCGGCACUCUGCUGUCGGAGCAGGCUGGCAAAAGGCUCAUCCCCAUCACUACUGAAUUGGGCGGUAAGGCGCCGCUCGUCGUGAUGGAUGAUUGUCCGCUGGACGUGGCGGUCAACGGUGCGUCGUUUGCUGCCUUUGUAGCCAGUGGUCAGACCUGCGUUUCUGCAACAAGGAUCAUCGUGCACGAAAGUAUCUUCAGCGAGUUCGUGGAGCGCUUCGCAGACAGAGCCAAUAACAUUGCACGUCGUAUGGGCGACCCUCAGAAUCCAGAUACGCUGCUUGGAUCGCUCAUCAGUGCGACGCAUGUGGACAAGGUCGAAGCGGCGGUUCAAGGCGCCACGUCUAACGAGUGGAAGUGCGUUGCUGGUGGGAGCAAGCCUAGCGGAUCAGCGUUCGAUGGACACGAUCUUGCCUCGGGCGCUUUCUACCCGCCCACCAUCCUCGUCCCCUCCGCGACUUCCUCCACCACCUCGUCGCUUUCACCAUCAGCAGAGCUAGCAAUACGCAGCAGCACCGUCUGGCAGGAAGAGAUCUUUGGUCCCGUCGUAUGCGUCGUACCUUUCCGCGACGACGCGCACGCCGUCGAGCUGGCCAACGAUUCUCGUUUCGGGCUCGGCGCAAGUGUGUGGACGGCCGACCACUCGCGCUUCCACAGGCUGGUGCCGCAGAUCAAAGCCGGCAUCGUCUGGCUCAAUACGCAUCACAGGAACGACCCAUCGAGUCCGUGGGGCGCCAUCGCUCCGACGGGCAGCUUCUCAGGAAAUGCAGCGUGUCUCGGUGCUAACCCGUCUGGUCUGGGUAGGGAGAACGGUGUCGAGGCGCUCAACGCGUACAGCACGGUUCAGAGCGUGACGAUCAACUAUGCCGAUCAGCAGACGAUGCGCGAUGCUGAAGAUUGGUUUGCGCCGGCGGAUAAGUGUGGAUCUGCUGCACAGGCUGGUGUUAGAUACGGCUGA